AUGAAGGACUAUUAUCCCAUCACUCUCGUAAAAACAAGUGAACUUGAUCCGCAGAAGAACUACAUCUUUGGUUAUCACCCACAUGGCUUUUUUACAGAAGGAGCUUCUAUCGGGUUUGGGACGGAUGCUUGUGGAUUUGGUGAAAAAUUCCCGGGAAUUAUUCCUCAUCUUGCAGUUCAUUCAGGUAAGAACUCCUUUUCCAGUUCCUUGGCAUUUCUUGUUAUUGUACUCUCUCUCUACGUCACGCAACGACGGGAGAGAGGGUCCCUCUCUCCCUCUCUCCGCGCGUUGCUUGUCAUAGAGAGAGGUGCCCGAUAUGAAACAAAACCUUUUUGAGGAACAGCUUUGCUCUCUAUGACUUUUGCCAGAUUCCGUUGUGGCGUGAAACCUUUGAUCGACGAACCCACACAGCUUUAAUUAUUUAGUAUCAAAGCUCUGUGUCAAUAGAAACGAUUUAAUUUUCCCUGCUUUUCUAGGUUUGAACUGUUGUAUUAUUUAAAUAGAUGCACCCUACCCCCACCACUGAGUUGAGGACUUACCUUAAUUCCAAAUAUGUAAAAGUUUAAUUUCCUUAAGGACCAUAACAAAUGGGUAUAAGAGUUUGAUGAAAAGAUACUUUUACUUUAGGGUUGAUUUCUAGUGUAGCAUAAUUUUUACUUGCAUAUGUGCGUAAAAUUUACGUUUCACAAAUAAAACAGAGGCAAUUCAUGAAAGGUCACUCGUAAGCGUAAAAGUUGAACCUCGCUCAACUUCUUGUUUAAGCUCAGCACUUUUUAUCGUGCCUCUGUUUUAUUUACGUGAUUAAAAUUUACUUGUGUUAAUGUGCAUGGCCAAAAAUGCUUCAGUGGAAAUCAACCUUUACUUCCAUAAAAUCUAUGUUUAUUCUUGAACGUUUCAUAAUAUUAACAUCCUGAACCCAGGGGUGUGCGUGCUAUAAAGAUAGUGUAAUAUUCCUCUGUUGUAAAUACCCCUGGUAAUGCCAUUUUGUAAUAAGACGUGGAACAAGUAUGGAUUUUACCUUUUUGGUGCUUAAUUUCGCAGUUUUUGCAAGACAGUAUUUUGUGGGUUUUUUUUUUCGCAAUUUCAAUAAGCAAGUAUGAAAAAAGGCAUUAAGCUAUAAUCUAUUUAAGCGUUCUCAACUUUAUUUUAUUUUUUAUUUUUUAUCUAGCCUAUGCAAGGGAAGAGGGCGAUACAUCUCUGCUCGUGUAUUCCCUUCAGAAGACCCAAUUCUUUCCUGUGCCCAUAUUAUUUGCUGUUACUUGCAAGCACCUGUUAUGGAGGUAGCAAGGUCCAAAAAGUCUUGCUUGUCAUGCACCCAGCACCAACUAAAUUUGGCACCUUUUGUUCUCAGUAUUGUUUCUUUUGCUCAGGAGCUCUAAAUGAAAAUUGGCCCUAAUCCAGCAAGGCAGCUCCAACUGAUCAUGUUCAACAUAACUCCAUGCACUCAUAGCUUAAUUGGCACUUUCAACAUUUCCUGUUAUUGCAGAUUCUUAGAGGGGGUUACUCCCAAAAAUUUCAGAUAAGUGUGUUCCACCCAAGGUCUUAAACUCUGACCCUAUUUAAGGAUGAUUCAAGCUAAAUGAAAAUUGAUACUGCCUAUUUAAGGCCCGGACCUGAAAAUGAGACCCAGUUAAAGGGAAAAACAAACAACUAAGAAUUAAACAGAUUAAACACACAAAUCUUUUUAAAUCACUUUCCUUGUACUCUAAGGUAAAGUUCAGUUUUAACAGAUGAUUUGUUUCUCAUGUAGCUCGGCAUUUAUGCACUUGAAUUUUAUCUGAUAUAAUGAUAGUACCAGUACCCUAUUUAAGGAUCACACCAGGGGCACAACACAACAAGGGCAAAAAUGAUACCCUAUUUACAGGAGACCGAAAAACACCACACCCUGUUCGGCAGCGCAUACCUGUCUAGCCCAUGUAUGGGAGUACCGCUAUCCCCCAGGAACAGAUAAAAAUUGCAAAUGCCACAUCGGAUGAGAUCUGCAAAAUUAUUAAUCUCAGUUUUCAUUUUGCACAGUUUUAGUGAAAGCAUGGCUAUACCGUGAUAUGCUAAUGAGCCUUGGUAUUGUUGAUGCCACACUUGACAGCUUAAAGUAUGUUCUAGCCCAGAUGGGGGCAGGACACUCAAUCGUUCUUGUCGUUGGAGGAGCUGCAGAAGUUAAUAAUUGUCGUCCUGACAGCUAUGUGCUGCUAUUUAGUCGCGGUAAGGGAUUUAUUAAGCUGGCUUUGGAAACUGGGUUAGUAUUUUUAGUUUUGACCCCACUGAGGGAGCAGGUAGCAGGUCCUAAUUUUGGCGUGCCACUGGACUGUCUUGUCUUUUAUUUUUCGCCCUGAACAGGGUAUUCAGCUUUCUAGUACUUCAAGUCCUAAACAGGACCUUUAUCCACCCCCUAAUGUAGACAAAACAGCAUGUUUGUAUGUUGACCUUGAUUGUGUUUUAACACGAAUAAACAUGUCCAAAGAGAGGUCCUAAACAUGGUAUCAAAGAGUAUCAUACCCUCCAAGCCAACCCUGUGACCAAAAUAAUUGUGACAACUAUAUCUCAUUGUUCCCUCUCCCUUAGCCUACAUGUAGCCGCACCCUCCCCAUGACAAAGGAAAAACGUUUUUCCUUUGUCGGGGGGAGGGUGCGGCUACACGUAGGCUACCUCUCCCCAUCCCAGAUUUUCCUCUAGUCAAAAUGUCAGCUACUGUUUUGAUCAUCAGUAUAGGGAUGCAUAGAUUUUACUGGUUCCAGACACUCUUACCUCAUACUAGUUGAUUAUAGACCAUCUUCACUAUGCACUUGAGACCAGGUAGAAAUAACUCUCUUAUUCUAAAACGGUGUUCUUACCAGGAUUUCCACCCUGGUGUCCACAGGACCCUUAGAGAAGCGAAAAGGAGGUCAAGAGGGAGAAAAGCGGGUCUAGGUUAGAGUAAAUUCCUCGUACUUUCUUAGAUAAUAAAUAUCCAAUUUUUACAUACAGUUAACUCAACAUUUUACAGCUCUUAGUUAAAGUAACGAUGCUAUAAACAAUGAAAUUUUGGCCUAUAUUAAGGAAAUGUAUGUAUGUGUGCAUAUAAUGUUUAUGUACUUUUUGUAAUAGCUUUUUUUUCCUUCUUUGCGCCCUUGGGACCCCUUGGUCUUAUUAUAGUGCGUAAUUUCCAGAAAAAGUGCGGCAAUACCACAAUGCCGCGGUCUGAUAAGAACACUGCUUAAAGGGAGCAUGGACUUGAGAGUGACCUGGGGAAGACUCCUGUAGUUUUACUUGGUGUCUUUCCCCAAGUGCUCCUCUGUACUCCUCUACCUUCCUCUUUCUCCACGAAUGAAUAGCAUAACAUUUUGAACCUUUUUACAAGUAAAUCUGUUUUUUUUUUUUUUUUUUUUUUUUUUUUUUUUUUAAGUCAUGCCAAGGGGAGGUCUACUAUGGGCACCCUGUCUUAAGUGUCUUGUGUUAAAGCAGGCUCUCUUCCUGUAUAUACACUAAUGCACCUAAACCAGCUCUUGUAAGUGACUAAGGCCACUUUUUGGAACAUGAACUCAAAUACGUAAUGAUGCCCUUUAGUAAUAAAUUAUUUUGAAUGACCGGUAAGAGGAGGUGUGCCGCCCGGUUCUUCAAAUCCUGACCCGAUUUCAGACCAAAAAAUGUAAUUAUCCACACCCGUUUUCAGGCUAGAUCUCUAAAAUCCAUACCCGUUUUCAGACCUGGCCUUUAGAAAGAAAUUAUGAUAUAAGUACUUAUAUUAUAGAGCGCAAACAAAAAGAUUCUUCAAAUCCAUUUCGAGUUCGCAUAUUUCUCUUUCUUUCCCACUCAUUUGGAAUUGAAACGAUAAAUACGUUCUUAUCAGGCUCCGAGAUUCCCUCGAAAACCAUACCCGAUUCGAGACCAAAAUGGGAAAAGUGUACACCCGUUUACAGACCAAAACGGCGCAAAAACCCUACCCGACGGGGCGGCACAUAUCUAUAUGGCUUAUAUACUGGAGUACCCCCCCCCCCGGGCAUGGGGCGAGCCUAAUACAUGUUCCCUAUGUUUCAGCUCCUAUAAGCGACAAAUUCCCAUAAGAAACACUCAUGCACGACUUGACAUUUUAGAGGGUCUCUCACUGGAAUUUUGAAUGGGUGUAUGGUAUGUUACAAAUCAAUUCUGCCGUUUUUGACUUUAUACAGAUGUGAUCUUGUACCAGUGUUCGCCUUUGGACAGAACAACUUGUUUCCUCUAGUAGGCGGAGGGUACAAUUCACGUUUCUCAAGGUUUCAACGCUGGCUGUAUUCAAAAACCCACGCUGGAUGUGUUUGUUGUUGGGGACUUUCCUGGUGUCUUCCGAAACGAUCUGCAAUCUUUGUUGUAGGUAAAGACAGUAUUUUAAUGUAUUUCAUUGCUGCCACGUAUUUCUGAAGGUGGCUCGGCCCGGUUUUUCAGUAACAACACCUACUCUCUGUGAAAAACGCCUCAAGCAAAGUGUGAAAUCGAAUUGUACCUCAUUGUAGCAAUGUUCUUACCAGUAUAUUCCACACUGGGAUCCAAAGGACCCGUAGAGAAGCUAAAAGGGGGUCAUGGGGGAGAAAAGCGGGUCACAAUUUUUAGAUAUCGUCAGAUUAAGGUUUUACUCACAGGUCUGAGUUAGAGUAAAUACCUCAUACUUUCUUAGAUAAUAGAUAUCCAAUUUUUACAUACAGUUAACUCAACGUUUUUACAGCUCUGAUUUAUAGUAAAGACACCAAUUAACCAAUUAAAUUUUGGCUUAUAUUACAAGAAAAUGUACGUAUGUUUACGUAUGUUUAGGUACGUUUUGUAAUAGGUCUUCUUUCCUUCUUUGCGCCCUUGGGACCCCUUGGGCUUAUUAUAGUGUGGCAUUUCUCGAAGAAGUGCGGCAAUGCCGCGGUCUGGAAAGAACACUGUCGUAGAGUAUGGGCAUGUCUCCAAAAAGGGGAUUUUUCGCGAUCAGCAUAUCCAUGGCAACACGGUGACACCAUUGCCAUUUUUACAUUUCCUUAAUUUAUGAGAAAUCUCGAAAAUUACUCUUGAAGGUGCUCAUAGGAUUUAAAGUUCAUACAACUGUAUUGCGUCAGUGUUACUGAUUUUUACUUUAUUAUUUUUUUUUUUUGAGAGCGUUUUCAAGCAACCAAAUUCAGCACUAUAGUUAACCUCGAAUUUCUGUUGUUUUUUUUUCUUUUGGCCUAUUUUAUCUUCACAGUAGGCUCGCCCAUCCCCGUGGAGAAGGUUGAAAAUCCAACACAGGAAACUAUCAAUAAACUGCACUCGCGCUACAUCGAGGAUAUAAAGGAACUGUACAAAAAAUACGUCAAAGCGUACCACCCUACGGACAAAUCGGAACUUCUUAUUGUCUAGGGAGCCACUCGUGAAAGACUAGCAUAA